AAAAAAAUUUCUUUUUGUCAAAUGUAUAAAUAAUUGAAAAGAAUAGGCAAGUCAAGUGCUCUCUCUCCCACACCCAUCGAUUCCUCUCGGACACUGCCCCAAUCUCUCUCUCUCUUUCGACAAAGAAAAAGUCAGCGCCGUCCUUUACGCCAUAGUUUGUCUCCUCCUCUCUCUCCUCCUCUCACCAACAUAAUCAAAGAAGCUUUCCUCACGAAUUCAAGAUCGCCAUGUCCUCCGAGGAUUGGGAUCUCUUCGCCGUCGUCAGAAGCUGCAGCUCUUCUGUUUCCACCACCAAUUCUUGUGCUGGUCAUGAAGACGACAUAGGAAACUGUAAACAACAACAAGAUCCUCCUCCUCCUCCUCUGUUUCAAGCUUCUUCUUCUUGCAACGAGUUACAAGAUUCUUGCAAACCAUUUUUACCCGUUACUACUACUACUACUACUACUUGGUCUCCUCCUCCUCUACUUCCUCCUCCUAAAGCCUCAUCACCAUCUCCCAAUAUCUUACUAAAACAAGAACAAGUACUUCUCGAAUCACAAGAUCAAAAACCUCCUCUUAGUGUUAGGGUUUUCCCACCAUCCACUUCUUCUUCUGUCUUUGUUUUUAGAGGUCAACGCGACCAGCUUCUUCAACAACAAUCCCAACCUCCCCUUCGAUCUAGAAAAAGAAAGAAUCAGCAAAAAAGAACCAUAUGUCAUGUAACGCAAGAGAAUCUUUCUUCUGAUUUGUGGGCUUGGCGUAAAUACGGUCAAAAACCCAUCAAAGGCUCUCCUUAUCCAAGGAAUUAUUACAGAUGUAGUAGCUCAAAAGGAUGUUUAGCACGAAAACAAGUUGAAAGAAGUAAUUUAGAUCCUAAUAUCUUCAUCGUUACUUACACCGGAGAACACACUCAUCCACGUCCUACUCACCGGAACUCUCUCGCCGGAAGUACUCGUAACAAAUCUCAGCCCGUUAACCCGGUUCCUAAACCGGACACAUCUCCUUUAUCGGAUACAGUAAAAGAAGAGAUUCAUCUUUCUCCGACGACACCGUUGAAAGGAAACGAUGACGUUCAAGAAACGAAUGGAGAUGAAGAUAUGGUUGGUCAAGAAGUCAACAUGGAAGAGGAAGAGGAGGAAGAAGAAGUGGAAGAAGAUGAUGAAGAAGAAGAAGAUGAUGAUGACGUGGAUGAUCUUUUGAUACCAAAUUUAGCGGUGAGAGAUCGAGAUGAUUUGUUCUUCGCUGGAAGUUUUCCAUCUUGGUCCGCCGGAUCCGCCGGUGACGGUGGUGGAUGAUGAAAACGAAUAAAAUCUCAAUUUACAAUUUACAAAAAGAAAAAAGUCAGUUUUUAAUUAUUAUUUUUGUUUGUUAAAACUUGACAUUUAUUGUGUUAUAAAAAAAUAUAUAGAAGAGAAGAGACAGAGAAAGAAAGACUAAUCAUAAUUGUUCUUUGUUUAGAUUCAUAGCUAAAAUUAGUAAAUUAGUCUUGAUUUAAUCAUUUGGUCGAUUUGAAUUGACAUUGCAUAUACCAAAGCUGUUUCUUGGCUCCAAAUGUAUAAAUCAUCUUUUCAUUUUUCCUAUUUCAUUUAUGAAUUUAUCUGUA